CCACCAUUUCGCUGCGCUAAGUCUCCUCCCAUGACCGCUACAUUCUGCGCCGAAAGCCCAGGCUCCCCCGGUCCGUAUUUUAACUUCUUCCCGCACGCCGAGUGGUACCUCGUUGGGUACCGGGAGGCAGUUUGGACCACCGGCAUCACGGAUUGCGUGCGAUUUUACACGGAUGACGACUCCUUCAGCGAGAAUUUAGUAAAAGAAAAGUGGUCGGAAAAUUCAGAUCAUGUGGAGAGGACCCUAAUUUCAGCAUCCUGGAAGUAGAAAGCCCUGAAGAUCUGUGUCUCACCCCACAGACAGGUGCAACGUGUGGCCGGAGCACCACCAAGAGAGGAAAGUGUGGGGAGGCGGCAGUGCUGCAGCGUGCCUCUCCGGCUGUGGAUGUGCUGGGUGGCAAACCCCAGGCUGCACAUAAUGUGUCUGGGGAGUCGCCUGGGCAUGUCCCGCAGCCGGCCGCCGCCGCCCCCCGCCCGGUCCCUCAAGUCCUGGCGCCCAGGCCCGAUAGCGGCGACUCGGUGUUUGUGGUCAUGGAGACCGCUCCUUCUACUGCCUUUCCCCAGAUGCUCCCCAUCAGCGGCGACGCCAAUCCCCACGUCUCACAGGGGGUCCGCUCAUCCAUCGCCGAGGACUUCAGGACCCGUAACAGUCUCCUCGCGUCACAUGCACAAAACGACGACGAGGCGCGCGUGUUGCAACACGACUUACAAAUUGCUGCUAAAGAGACACGCCUCUCAAAUAGCGAGACACAUCGAAUUCAGCCACAAGCGGGCGCGGGAGUUGUGCUGGUCGCGGCGGCGCACAAGUGCAACUCUGAAAACGGAACAGGCGUGGAAUUCCAAUCGUACACAGGCGGAACUAUUAUCCCGCAAGCGCAAGUUCAAAUCUGCUUCACGGCCUCGUCCUUCCCUGGCGCCACCGAUCAGACGGCGCCAGAGAGCGCUGGCCAGGACUCUGCCGCUUCGUGGAACUGCAGCGAGCCAGUUGACCUGCCGCCAGUCACAGGUCAGCUCAGGCAGGAUGUUAUCGAUGCAGAUGAGCGCUCCUACAAAGCUAAAACAAACACAGAACUCCUGACUGGACCUGGAUCAGGCUCUCCUGCUCCAGCCUUGUCCAACAGGACUACAACCAGACAAGACGCCGAUAUCCCGGCAGGCGGUUUGAGUGCGACUUCCUCCAAGGACCUGGCGCUUUCGGACCUUGUAGUGUCUCAGCCCUGCCACCAGUUCCCCCUGACGGAGACGCCCGUGUUCGCCGAGCUGGUGCAUUCCGCCCAGUCGCAGGAGAUCGUGGUGGUGAGCGAGGCCUCGUGGUCCAACGUGCACCUGAAGCAGAGUUACCUGCUGCAGCACGCCGACGGCGCUCAGGCCGACAUGGACCUGAGCGCACAAAACGUGGAGGUGUACCAGUUCUGUGACCUGGUGGAGGAGGUCGCCGCCGAGGAAACGGUGUGCGUGAGCACCAGCGUGCAGAUACCCCACUCCCCGGGCUACGAGGUCAACCUCUUCAACGCUCUGUUGGACUCCAACGAGGGCCUGGACUCGCACCUGCAACCUUCUAUUCACACGAUGGACGACAGCGACACGCUCAUCAUUUCCCAGCAGGACUUGCCUUCGUCGCAUGACGCGGUCGCUGCCAUGGGACAACAUCUGCUGCUAGACUCCAGCUCCAACCAGGUCUGCUUGGUGGAAGUGGACCCUUUCCCCCUCCAGCAGACCGACACUCCAACGGCAUGUUCGCAGGCCAGUGGCGAAGCAUCGCCGGCGGACACGGCGGAAGGCGAUGCGACUGAACGCUGUAUCACACCACAGAGUCCUGCAGGUACCAAAGAAGAUCCGCCUGAGGACCCAGCAAGGAUUAUUCUUUCAGAACCUGUCCUGGAGCACCCACUAACCCCUCUGGCACAGGUACAGGUGUCCGAGCAAAACGUGGACCCCAAAGAGUGCCUUGCUGUCGGUUCUUCCCACUCAAAUGAAACGAAGCCCCCCGCCGGCCAAUCAGAAGCCUUAACCGGCAGCAGAACUUCAAGUAGCGACGGGCCCUCUUCCUCCAGUGCCACGCAGCCCGACUCCCCCUUUGUCGAGGAGGAAGAGGAGGAGGAGGAGGAGGAGGAAGAGGAGGAGGAAGAGGAGGACGACGACGAUGAAGCGCCGGUGGACGCGGAGGCCAUGGACGACGCAUCAGGACAGGUCAGCAGCGCUGACGAAGGCAGCGAGGAGGAUGCAGACCGACCAGACGGGGAAAUGACGACUCCCCGCUCGUUACAUGAACAUGGACAGAGCAGGACGGACAGACAGGCACUGUUCCGAAAGGUGAGCAAGUGGAUCUCAGACAGGAUCUCGCCCUCGACUUCCUCCUCCUCCCAGCUGGAGCCCUCGCCCGGCAAUGAUUGGACCUCCUCCCGCCAUGACAAGUCGUCCCCUCUCCGGGGGCCUCACGGCAAGUUUGUGUCCCCCUCGUCGCCGCUGGAUCAGUCUACUCCUCAGCGACCUCGCGGAGAGCGACGCGGCGACAUGGUGCAGUUGGCCAAACAUGAGGCCGACAUCGAGCACCGCACUCUGGCGUUGAAGCGUGAAGGCUGCUGGUCCACCAAGCGUCUGACUCGCCUGAUGGAGCCGGCGCGGCCCAAAGUGCAGUGGGACUACCUGUGUGAGGAGAUGCAGUGGCUGUCUGCAGACUUUGCCCAGGAGAGGCGCUGGAAGAGAGGAGUGGCUCGAAAGGUGGUCCGAAUGGUGAUGCGACACCACGAAGAAUUGAGGCAGAAGGAGGAAAAAGCAAAGCGAGACGAGCACGCUAAAAUCAGGAGGGUGGCUUCUUCAAUUGCCAAGGAAGUGCGGGCUUUUUGGAGCAAUGUGGAGAAGGUGGUCCAGUACAAGCAGCAGUCUCGGCUGGAAGAAAAGAGGAAGAAAGCUUUGGACCUUCAGCUGGACUUCAUUGUGGGACAGACCGAGAAGUACUCUGACCUCCUCACCAAAUCCCUCGCUCCCACCAGCCGGCCUGAAGCAGCCCCAUCGCUUUCCAAAUCCUCCACGCCCGCUGCUGUGGAUGAAGAUGACCGGGACUUCGAGCCUCCGUGUGAGGAGGACGACGACGACGAAGAGACCAUGGAUGUGGAGGAGCAGCAGGACGGCAACGACGCCGAGAGCCACCGCAAGGAGAUCGAGCUGCUGAAGGAGGAGAGCACGCUGCCCCUGGAUCAGCUGCUCAGCACACUACAAAAGUCUCAGGUACUCCAAGACACUUUGAAGUCCCAAAGUCAAAUGUCGUCUAAAGAAGAUCUUGAACCCUUGGAUCGUGCAGAACGCGGUUUGGAUGAAGAAUGCUCGGAUGACUCCUCGUCAGCCGGGCAAGAAGAAGAGGAAGACGGGGAAUUCUCUGCCAACGAGGAGGAUGCUGAGGAUGAGGAGGACACCAUUGCCGCCCAGGAGAAGGUGGAGGGGGACGUGGACCAUGCAGAAGAACUGGAUGACUUGGCCAAGGAGGGAGAUCUGAGCAUGGAGGAGCUGCUGGAGAAGUACAAAGCGGCGUACACCUCCGACUUCGAGGAGCCCUCCGCCUCUGCCUCCAAGGCGAGCUCGGAUUGGGAGGCGUCCGGCGAUGAAGAGUUGGAGAGCGAUGAAGCCGAGAGCGAUGUGGAAAUCCACACCUCCUCCUCGGACUCUGCAGGAGACAGUGAGGAGGAGGAGGAGGACCACAGUGAGAAGGACGAAGUGGAGAGUGAGGAAGAGGACGGCGGGAUGGAGGUCUUGCUAAAGGAAGGAGACCACAGCCCGUCCUCGUCCAGCUCACGACCGAAGAAGGAGAUCAGUCACAUUGCAGCCACUGCAGAGAGCCUGCAGCCUAAAGGCUACACCUUGGCCACUACCAAGGUCAAGACCCCCAUCCCGUUCCUGCUUCAUGGCACGCUGCGGGAAUACCAGCACAUUGGACUGGACUGGCUGGUCACCAUGUUUGAGAAGAAGCUUAAUGGGAUCCUGGCUGACGAGAUGGGUCUGGGCAAGACCAUCCAGACCAUCGCGCUGUUGGCGCACCUCGCCUGUGAAAAAGGUAACUGGGGUCCUCAUCUCAUCAUCGUGCCCACCAGUGUGAUGUUAAACUGGGAGAUGGAGCUGAAGCGCUGGUGUCCUGGCUUCAAAAUCCUCACGUACUUUGGUAGUCAGAAGGAGAGGAAGCUGAAACGCCAGGGUUGGACCAAGCCCAAUGCUUUCCACGUUUGCAUCACCUCCUACAAGCUGGUACUGCAGGAUCACCAGGCCUUCCGACGCAAGUCCUGGCGCUACCUGAUCCUGGAUGAAGCGCAAAACAUCAAGAACUUUAAGUCGCAACGCUGGCAGAGUCUGCUCAACUUCAACAGUCACCGACGUCUGCUGCUGACGGGAACUCCUCUGCAGAACAGCCUGAUGGAGCUGUGGUCCCUGAUGCACUUCCUGAUGCCCCACGUCUUCCAGUCCCACCGCGAGUUCAAGGAGUGGUUCUCCAACCCGCUGACGGGGAUGAUCGAGGGCAGCCAGGAGUACAACGAGGGCCUGGUCAAGAGGCUGCACAAGGUGCUCAGACCCUUCCUGCUCAGGAGGAUCAAGGUUGACGUGGAGAAGCAGAUGCCCAAGAAGUACGAGCAUGUGGUGCGAUGUCGCCUCUCCAAGAGGCAGCGCUUCCUCUAUGACGACUUCAUGGCACAGGCCUCGACCAGGGAGACCCUGGCCAGUGGUCACUUCAUGUCCGUCAUCAACAUCCUCAUGCAGCUCCGUAAAGUCUGCAACCACCCCAACCUGUUUGACCCCCGGCCCAUCCAGUCCCCCUUCAUCACCAAGCCCAUCGUUUUUCACACCGCCUCCCUGGUGCUGGACGCCGUGGAGGUGUCACCUCACAAGCGCUGUGACCUUUCUAUCUUUGACCUCAUCGGUCUGGAGGGCCGCGUGACCCGGUACCAGGCGGACGGCUUUGCGCCCAACCACAAAGUCAGUCGCCAGCUAAUCCAGGAAAUAGUGGAGUCUCCCGCUCCCCCGCCAAGACCCCGACGGAUCAGCAUGAAAGUCAACAGGUUCUUCCAUCCGCCUCCCAAAGGUGACAACCGUUCAGCCGCGCCAACAAACAAACCCACCUGCUCCGUGCUGCCCGCAGCUCAGACGCCCAAACCUCCAUCCCCUGAGCUCUCAGCUCCACCCACGUCUUCACUGCCUGCUCCUGCACCCGCUCCCGCACUUCAACAAGUCGUGUGUUCGGUAGCGACCACUCCCACUCCCACACCUCGCUCCUCCCUGCCUCAAACGGCUGUGAGGUCCAGCGCUCCCAAGCCAGUACUGACCGUGCGUCCUCCCCCCGCUCCUUGUGCCACCGGCAUACCCGCUCACCCCAGUCCAAACACCAGCAGCAUCAUGCCUCAGAGGGUUCUGCUCAGUCCGGAUAUGCAGGCCAGGCUGCCAUCUGGUGAGGUGGUGAGCAUAGCACAGCUGGCCUCCCUGGCGGGAAGACCGGUGUCGUCGUGUCAGGGCAGCAAACCUGUCACCUUCCAACUGCAGGGCAACAAGUUGACCCUCUCAGGAGCGCCCAUCCAAGUCCAAGCACCGCCCCCUCGCCCCGUUCAGGGCAGUGUGAUGCACCUGGUGUCCAGCGGGGGACAGCACCACCUCAUCAGCCAGACCGCCCAGGUGAGCAUCCAGAGCCCCGCCGGCGCCAAGCCCGUGCCUGCAACCACCCCUGCACAGCGCCCGCCCCUCAGCGCUUCUCAAGUGCCCUCCUCGUCCGUGGUGAGCAGCCCCGGCGUGGUGAAGAUCGUCGUGCGUCAGGCACCAGGCAAGGAAGGGGGUCCGGUGCCCACCCUGGCUGUGGCCCCGUCGCCUCGUGUGACUUCCCUGCACCCCCACCCAAACUCUGCCCCUAUUCGGAUCGCGGCGACGCAGCAAGUAGCCCAGCGCACCCCCGGUCCUGCCACCGCCACCUACACUCUAGCUCCUCCCAGAACCUCCAACACCACACCAAACCAGUCCCACCCCCGGCCCCCCAUUGUGAAAAUAGUCAAGCCUCCUCCGCCUUGCACAGAGAAGCCAGCUUCAUCCUCGGCUUCAGCGGAGGCCUCAUCAUCGCCAGUGACCAGCACCAAGCCCAGCGCUGCCGACCCCACCACCACCACCACUACCACUACCACACCGGCCCCCAGCAGCAGUCAGACCUCAGUUGGUGCCAAGGAGAAAGCCAAAGUUCAGCCUCUCCCCAGAAAAGCACCUCGUCCACCCGCCCGCUCCCCUUUCUACAUUCCGUCGCUGGCACACAGCCUCAAGCGGCAGCGUGAAGACAAACUCGACUCCAUCUUCAGAAUCAACCAGCGUCGCUGUGCCGCGCAGCCCGCGUACGGCAAGGAGGUUCUGGACUUCCUGACGUUUCUGCCCGGGCCCCGGCCCUCGCCGGCCGCCCCGCGCCCCGCCGAGGCCGAAUGGGGUCGCUCGGGCCACAGCAGCUGCUCGCUGUCACAGGAGCGACACAAGAUGGACUUCUGGUGUCACAGCCACUUCGUAAGAGACGCCAUCCACAGCAUCGAGGAGAGGCUGGAGCUGCUCACCGACAUCGUGGACCGGUUUACAUUCGUGAUCCCGCCAGUGGAAGCCGCUCGCAUUACCAUGCACUGCUGCCACCCUCCUCCCUCUCUGAGCCACAAGGAGGCGCUGUUCUCCUCAGCGCUCUCGGAACACGUCACUCCGCUGACUCGCAGCCUGCAUCGCGUCCAGUGCUACAUGCGCACCCAGUUCCCCGACCUACGCCUCAUCCAGUAUGAUUGUGGGAAGUUGCAGACGCUCCACUUGUUGUUGCGCAAUCUGAAGACGGGCGGCCACAGAGUACUGAUCUUCACCCAGAUGACGCGCAUGCUGGACAUCUUGGAGCAGUUCCUCAACUACCACGGACACAUCUACCUGCGGCUCGACGGCAGCACCCGAGUGGAGCAAAGACAGGCCCUCAUGGAGCGCUUCAACGCCGACCGACGGAUCUUUUGCUUCAUUCUGUCCACUCGCAGCGGUGGUGUGGGCGUCAACCUGACGGGUGCGGACACGGUCGUGUUCUAUGACAGUGACUGGAACCCGACCAUGGACGCCCAGGCCCAGGACCGGUGCCACCGCAUCGGCCAGACUCGAGACGUGCACAUCUACAGGCUCAUCAGUGAGCGCACUGUGGAGGAGAACAUCCUGAAGAAAGCCAACCAGAAGAGGAUGCUGGGAGAUAUGGCCAUUGAGGGAGGAAACUUUACCACUGCCUUCUUCAAACAGCACACAAUCCGUGAGCUGUUUGACGUCAACGACGGCGAGAAGAAGGAAGUGGCAGUGGAAGCGUCUGUGCCUCAAGCGGAGGAUGAGGAAGCUGCCAACAAACCGAGCACCACCAUCCUGGAGCAGGCGCUCUGUCGUGCCGAGGACGAGGAGGACAUCGUCGCUGCCUCUCAAGCCAAAGCCGAGCAGGUGGCAGAGCUGGCGGAGUUCAACGAAAACAUUCCACUGGAUGACGGAGGGGAACAAGAAGAAGUGGAGGAGCUCUCGAAGGCGGAGCAGGAAAUAGCUGCUCUGGUGGAGCAGCUCACUCCCAUUGAGCGCUACGCCAUGAACUUCCUCGAAGCCUCCUUGGAAGAUGUUUGCAAGGAGGAGUUGAAACAAGCAGAGGAGCAAGUAGAGGCUGCCAGAAAGGGUCUGGACCAGGCCAAGGAAGGCCUCCGACUACACGCGUCCUUUGGUGAAGAUGGGGACUUUUUGUCCGGCGCACCCUCUGCGGAUUCUACUCAACCUACCCCUGCCCGGCGAGGCCGCAAGCCAAAAGACAAAAGCAAGACCGUCGCCUCCACGAGAACCAGCGGUCGUCUGCGUGGGGCCUCGCCUGAAACCGAGCCCACAGUGCAAGCAGAACUGCCAGAAAGAGUCCGUGUUGGUCUUAGAGGACGCAGCGCCCUUAAAGACUCUAGUUCCCCGUCUCACGCCAACCCUUCAAAGACCACAACAGUCAGGCUCCAGGAGUCGUCUAAGUCUUUGAAAGCCUCGUCUCCCGCCAGAGAUCAGCAGCCCGGCAAAAACAAGCCUCAAGCCAGUCCUGUGCCUUCCUCGCCUUCUACGUCCUCCUCCUCUGGCGGCAAGCAGCAGAGUGUGUCCGAGACCCCCAGAAGAAACGAAGAGGAACCCCUGCAGGAAAGCAGGCCGUCUGAGUCAUCGCUGGAGUCCGUCAGCCAAGUGGAGCACCAAGCAAGAGACGACUGCAAAGACCAAAGCGCCAUGUCUCCGCCGUCCACGAGCUGUCGCUCACCUCGCAAGCGGCAGACAGCCGACAGCGAAGUCUUGCGGGGCUUGGUCGAUGACUCGCCCUCGGCCAAAGUCCUGCGGAAGCUUCCGGGUCGACUGGUCACCGUGGUGGAAGAGAAAGAGCCGAAGAAGAGGAAAUGGCGAGGAAGCAGUACUGGAGGUUCUUCAGAAGAGGCAUCACUGGAGAACACCAGUGGACCUGUGGAGGAACCAAAUAAAGACAGUCCAUCUUCAGUAGCUGACAGUAGUUCUAAAGACAUUCUGACCAAAUCCCCUCAGAACCAAAUCUCCACCCAAAGUCCACUUGUAUAUCAUCAACCUGUGAGAGCCUAUCCUCCAUAUUCCCCUCCCCACCUGUCUCCUGACAUGCCCGUGCUGAGGAACCUUCCCGUACGCCGCAGGUUGGAAACUGAAUCUCGCAUGGCGGCUCAGCUGGGAGAGCUGCUGCAUGCGAGUCGGGGCAGAGGUGCCAACCAGCACAAGAAAGUGGACUCUUCUCCAGGAAAAGAAACCGUUUCCCCGGAUGCCAUCAAUUCUCAUUUGGCACCUUUGAAAAGAAAGAGGGGACGGCCCCCUAAAUGUCCUCCAAAGUUGCCCGACUUCAACAACACAAUGUCUCCUCCACCUUCACAACCCGUCUCACCUAGCGAGGAUGGGGACGCACCCCUUUCCCCAAGACGCAAGCGUGGUCGCCCGCGCAAGGAUUCCACAAAUACUCCAGACGUUGUUUGUGACGGACCAACAACUAAAAACGACACACCCUCUGCAGAUCCAUCCAGUGUUUCCAAACUGGACGUUAGUGAAGAAUCAACGGUCCCAUCGGACCAGAAGUCAGAGGACGCUGAUCAGGACUUCCUGUCUACCAAAGCCGAAGAACUAGACUCCAAGACCGAAGAGUCUUCAUUGCCAACCAGUCAAACUUCAGUCCAAGCUGCCACUGAAGUAUCUAUAGAAUUCAUAGACCCACACACCACACCAAACCAAGUUAUUUCUGUCCCUGAAGGCAACAGUCCUACUGGUUCUUCACCACCUCCAGUAUCUGAUCUUUCUGGACCUCCUGAAUCUCUAUCAGACUCUGCCAAAACCACUAAUGGUGCCACUGCAGCUGCUGCCACGCUUCCACCAACAUCGUCUUCUUGCACGACAGUAGAAGCGCCACCAGCAUCUUCUACAAAGCCUGUAGAAGAGGCACCAACGUAUUCUAGCACGCUGGUAGAAGCGGUACCAACGUCUUCUGCAACACCUGUAGAAGUGCCACCAACAUCUUCUACAAAGCCUGUAGAAGCGGCACCAAGGUAUUCAAGCACGCUGGUAGAAGCGGUACCAACGUCUUCUGUAUCACCUGUAGAAGCAACACAAACGUCUUCUGCAACGCUGGCAAAAGUUACACCGUCUUCUUCUACAACGCUGGUAAUAGCUACACCAACGUCUUCUACAACACUGGUAAUAGCUACACCAACAUCUUCUACAAGGCUGGUAGAAGCUAAACCAACAUCUACUACAAGGCUGGUAGAAGCUAAACCAACAUCUUCUACAAGGCUGGUAGAAGCUAAACCAACAUCUACUACAAGGCUGGUAGAAGCUAAACCAACAUCUACUACAAGGCUGGUAGAAGCUACACCGACGUCUUCUACAACGCCGGCAGAAGCUACACCGACGUCUUCUACAACGCCGGCAGAAGCUACACCGACGUCUUCUACAACGCCGGCAGAAGGUACACCGACGUCUUCUACAACGCCGGCAGAAGGUACACCGACGUCUUCUACAACGGCGGCAGAAGCUACACCAACGUCUUCUACAACGCCGGCAGAACCUACACCGUCUUCUACAAGGCCGGCAGAAGUUAGAUCAACGUCUUCUGCAACGCCGGCAGAAGCUACACCAACGUCUUCUCCAACGCCGGCAGAAGUUAGAUCAACGUCUUCUCCAACGCCGGCAGAAGCUACACCAACGUCUUCUACAACUCCGGCAGAAGUUAGAUCAACGUCUUCUCCAACGCCGGCAGAAGCUACACCAACGUCUUCUACAACGCCGGCAGAAGGUAGACCAAGGUCUUCUACAAUGCCGGCAGAGGCUACACCGUCUUCUACAGCACCGGCAGAAGGUAUACCAACAUCUUCUACAACACCGGAAGAAGCUACACCACUGCCUUCUACUGCGCCAGUAGAAGCGGCACCAACGUUUUCUAGAACACUGGUAGAAGCAGCACCAAGGUCUUUGACAACUCUGGUAGUAGCAGCACCAACAUCUUCGAGAACGCUGGUAGAAGCGGCACCAACAUGUUGUAGAACGCUGGGGGAAACGGCACCAACAUCUUCUAGAACUCUGGUAGAAGCUGCACCAAGAUCUUCUAGCAUGCUGGUAGAAGCGACACCGUCUUCUAGCAUUCUGGUAGAAGCAGCACCAACAUCUUCUAGAACGCUGGUAGAAGCAGCACCAACAUCUUCUAGAACGCUGGUAGAAGCUGCACCAACAUCUUCUAGCAUUCUGGUAGAAGCAGCACCAACAUCUUCUACGACACUGACUUCAGAACCUGACGCCUCCAACCCAUCAUGCCAGGCGGAGGCUGAGCAGUCUCUCCAAUCUUCUGCUCCACCAGUCACCUCCACCCACCAUUUAGCGACCUUCUCAAGCCAAGUGGAGGACUCUUGUGAACCGGCAGAAGCAGACUGCACUUGUCUAGCAAACACCGAGACGAUGUGGAACCCAAGCCAACGAGCCACCUCACCAACUGGCAUGGCCUCUGCUGUAGAUGCUCAUCCAUCAUCUCCACUUUCUAACGCACCUUCGCCAACAACUGCCCCACCUUCUCCAACCGCCCCUCGCCCCUCAGCAGACACGCCCCCAAACGACGCCCUAACGACAUCGUGUGUCCCGUGUGACGAUACGUCUGCCGCAUCAUGGGACACAAUGAAGACCAUGGCAAGCACCCACGUACCAACAACAUCUAGCAGUCCUGCUCCUCAAACCUCCCCUGUCAUCUCACAAGCACCAACGCCGACCCCUCCUCCAAGUACUGAACCCGAUCCAGCUUUGUCCGAGAAAGACCUGGACCUGACGAAACCGACGAAGUUUGAAGACGCUAAGCAGGACAUGUUGGCAUCACGGAGCAAAAGAAGGAAGGUGCUGCGUUCUCCUUUGGCCAAAGACGUGGAGAAGGAAAGCGUAGUCUUUGAGGACGCCAAGAGCGUCUCUCCCCCUGAGGAGACAUCAAAGGAGGCGCAGCCACCGAGGAAGGAGCACAAGACGCCCGCUCAGAAAAGGUCUCUCUGUCGUCAGAGUAGCCAGGAGUCCGCUGGCUCGUCGUCGCCGUCCUCCGGCUCCUCCUCGUCCACCUUAACUCGUCACGCUCACCACAAGAGGACGUACGAGAACAGACACCCCGGCAAGAAGCGACGGGUCGACGUCACCGCAGAGGCAGAAAUGGAAGGACCCGAGAGGGACCCCGCCACUGCGUCGCCUCAGAGGAGACGCUCCAGGUCUCCUUCGUCCUCCAGUGGCUCGGAAGUCGAGGACGACAAGAAGGAGCCCCGCAUGACCCGCUCUGCCAAGUCCCGGCUGCAGGAGCACAGCGGCAAGCGAGAUGGAAGGACGUUGGCGCGCGCCUCUGACAGCAACGCCAACACGUCCACCGGGGGAGAUUCUGGCAGCGACUCGUCUUCAGUCCGGGUCACCAGGAGGUCAGUGGGGUCUUCUAAGGACAAGAAGGUCCCGUCCGCUGUGACCUCAUGUCCUCCUGAGCCAGAGGUGCUGGGGAAGAGGUGCUCGGCCCUCAACGCCGCCGCCAAGCUCCUCGCCAUGAAAGGACGGGUGGACACCCCUGGCCACACGCCCCGCAAGGGUCCUGCUGCGUCCCCUGACCAGAAGAACUUAAAGUCCAAAAGUAAAAGUGUCCUCGUCCCGCAGAACAACUCCGGGAACGUGGACAACAGCAAAAGUUGCAGCAAACCUUCAACGCCCAAUCAGGCCAGUCGUCCCACGCCGCGCUCCACCCGACAGUGCCCGGGGUCCCUGGUGCCCCCCCUGGAGGAGUACAAGAGGCCUAAACCUGAGGACAAAGAGGGCGGCUGUCGGAAGGCGGCGAAGGGGAAGGACGGCGAGGCGUCGCGAGGUCAAAGUGCCUGCAGCAGCAUGAGCAGCGACGGCGAGGCGGACGUCGGACAAAGCAGUCGAAGCCGCAGCAGCAGCGGCAGCAGCCGGCGGGCGCACAGCGCCAGCUCCCAGAACGCCGAGCGCAAGACGCUGCGCUCCCGAGCCUCCUCGGGCAGCGACCCCGAUCGCAGCGGCGAGCGGAGCACGAGGGACCGGAAGGAGAAGCGAGGAAGUCACAGUGAGCGCCGAUCUCUAAAGCUCGCCCAGGACGCCGCGGCUGGCUCAGGGUCCGAGGGCACGCCGGACAGGGUGCUCAGGAGCGUGGCCGCGCUGGCGGCGGUGCAAGCGAGGUCGCCGGCGGCGAGCACGCGCUCCUCGGCCAACCAACAACGCCACAACAAGACAUGAGCGCCAGCACGUGGCGAGGUGUCAACGUCUCGACCUCGUCUGCACUCGACAUCCGGUCCAGGACGCCAGCGCUGCACAAGCCGGGGACGUCCCGGCGCCUUGGGCCCCUCCCCCUUUACCAAGGAGGCGGGCCGGGGGGCGGCUCAGGAGUGCUGGACUGACUAGUGGGCGGAGCUUGACCACGUGAGGGCAGGCUGGUCACACCUGUGAUGGAGCGGCUUGGCUUUCUUCUACCAACUAGCAAAUAUGUUUGCACACCUUCCUCCUCAUCAUCAUCAUCAUCUUCAGGUCAAAGGUGCCGAUGAUGUCAUCAUCUCAUCCGAGGCGGUCACUGUUGUGUAUUUAUCGUGCGAGUGCCUCUCGGGUUCUGACCCGGCUUGCCUUGACAAGUUCUUCACUCUGGUCAAGAGGAGCCAAAUCCAGGAAGUGACUUUGUGCUACCAAAUACUUUCUUUUGUUGUUGACAAGAAGUGGGCAAGACUUCAGGAGACUGUGGGCUCACUUGGGGGUGCAGGUUCUGGUGAAGGUCUUUUUGUUUGUUUUGGUUGGUCUUUUUAUUUGUUGCAUUCCUUCAAGCCCUGUAAUUCCACCUUGUUUUACUUGAACACGUCAGACAAGUACUCUUGAAUAAAAAGACCAAAAUGGA